GGGGGCGGGGGGAGCCCCCCGCAGCGGCAGUUGGCGGCGGCGGCGGCGGCGGCGGCUCUGCGUAACGCCGCCCCCCCCGCCCCCCCAGUCUCCGGGGAGCCGGGGCGGGGCGGGGCGGGCCCGGCAGGGCUACGGGCAACGAACCCCGCCGCCGCCUCGCAGCGCUUGGCCUGUGACCCGCUGGCUGUAGCGCGGCGAGGCGGCCUUCCGCGGCCGGCGGCGGCAUGGUCCUGCGGGCCCUGGGCCCGGCUCCCGGCGAGCUCUCAGCCCUUGUUGCUUCCUGCGCGCCCCGCGGCGCCCUCGAGACUGGAAGUACUGUUGAGAAAGGACAAAAUGAGUAGUCGUCGAAAACGUGCACCUCCAUCAAAAGUAGAUGAGGAGAAGAAGAAACAGCUCUGCUGGAAUAUGCAUGAAGACCGGAGAAAUGAAGUGAUAACAUUAGAUGAUGACAUGACCGAUGAGGACCACCUUCCAGGUCCAAGUACUUCCUCAGCGUCCUUCAUUGUUAUAAAUGAUGAUAGUGUUGAUGAAGAUCUCGUUCAAAAAGAGCACAGUGGUUCAAAGUCUGUUACGUUUUUGACAGUUAAUGAUGAGGAAGACUCGUGCUCCAUCUUGACUCCUGUAUCGGUACAGCUAAAUAUUAUAGUCUUGCCAUACCGUGAGGAUGCUUCCUGGAAAGUUUUGUUAGGAGAGCUUGCUCUUCAUCUUCCUUCUAAGCAAAGUCUAACUGAGGAAUUUCAUGGAAGGAGUUUUACUUUGAUGAGAGGAGACUCUGAUGAUCAGCUGCAGAUCUGUGUUCAUGCAAGAAGUGAAGAAGAGAACAAUAAUGAAACAAAAGAAUACUUGGGUGCUUAUGAACAAAGUUUUUUGGUGGAAUCAUCUUUAGGUGGUGACAUAUUGGAAGGCUUGAGAUGGCUGCAGAAGAAAAAGAUAAUUGGACUUUAUCAAAGGCCAAGAGAGGCUCAAACUUUAAAGGUUGGAAUUUACCUUCUGGAAGCUGGUUUAAGCAAACCAGAGUUUCUCAGUGAUGGAGGUGGAAGACCCAAAAAAGCUAAUCAGCUGAUUCAAAAACUCAUGGAAAAGUUCUAUAGUUUUAUAAUUCCAGAUGUGCUGGAUGAAGAUGACGAAGAAUCUGACAUGGAAUUAGAGCGACAAAAUAUUGAAGAGCUUUAUGACUUUGUAAGGCAUACACAUCAGCAGGACACCCAGUUACUGAGAGAGGAUGUGCAGCAUCCUGCAUUGAUUCCAAUUCUGAGGCCGUACCAAAGUGAGGCUGUGAAUUGGAUGCUUCACCGGGAGAACUUCAUAAGCACUCCUAGCAGUGAAAAUACACUGCACUUCUUGUGGCGAGAGGUCAUCACUCCAGACGGAGCAAAAAUCUACUAUAAUCCGUUUACUGGCUGUAUUAUCCGUGAAUAUCCAAUUGCUGGACCUCAGUGGCCUGGAGGUAUUUUGGCAGAUGAGAUGGGUCUUGGGAAAACAGUAGAGGUGUUGGCCCUUAUUCUGACACACACCCGACAAGACAUUAAACAGGAUGUUCUGACAUUACCUGAGGGUAAACUUGUGAACUUCUUUGUUCCACCUCAGCCUUUAGAAGGAAAUAAAAAGAAAAAAACAAAGAAAUUGGAGCUUAAAUUGAAGGAAAAAAUACAAUAUCCCAGCUUACGAGUGAUGAUAUUAGCAGCUGUAAAGGAAAUGAAUGUGAAGAAAGGAGCUUCCAUUAUUGCAAUAUUUAAGUAUAUCAGUGCUAUAUAUAGGUAUGACGUACAGAGAAAUAGACGGCUUCUCAAAAGAACUCUGGAAAAGCUAAUUGCAGAACAAGUAAUAGAACAAGUCAAAGGCCAUGGUCUGGCUGGUUCUUUCAAGCUGGGAAAGAAUUACAAGGAACAGAAGAGGCGAGAAAGAACCAAAGAGCAGAUAGCAAAGACUUCAGAAAGGAUUCAGAAGUGCUUGACUGAUGCUAAAACUCAAACCAAAGAAUCAAGAAAUAGUGGUGUUGCUUCUGAAAAUGUCCUUAAGACCCCUUUACGGGUGGAUAUCGCCACAGAAGAACAUGAUUAUUGUACAAGUAGCAGAAGUAAAAGGAAAUCAGAAGCAUAUCAUGACAACUUUGUAAACGAGAAUAAUGUUCAGCAAGAAGCUGUGGGCACAAAGUCUCCUGAUUUGCAUGGUAACCUCCUUGUUUCCAGUGAUACUAGCAGUCAUCCUGAUUUUGAUGUUUCUAAAAGUACAGCUGAUGUCCAACAGGACAUUCGAAAGGACCAGUCCUCAGAUUCCCAAGAACAUCCUGGCAGUAGUGUACAACAUACCAGUUCUGUAUUUCCAUUUAAUACUUCUGAAUAUCGUUUUGAAUGCAUCUGUGGUGAGCUUGGGUUGGUUGACUAUAAAGCCCGUGUGCAAUGCUUGAAGUGUUACUUAUGGCAGCAUGCAGAAUGUGUAAACUACAAAGAGGAAAAUUUGAAGAUCAAGCCAUUUUACUGUCCCCAUUGCCUUGUGGCAAUGAAACCUGUUUCCACAGGAGCAACUCUAAUAAUUUCUCCAAGUUCUAUUUGUCAUCAGUGGGUAGAUGAGAUCAACAGGCAUGUGAGAUCAUCUUCUCUUCGAGUUCUGGUAUAUCAAGGUGUGAAGAAGCAUGGCUUUUUACAGCCACACAUGUUGGCAGAGCAGGAGGUAGUCAUCACCACAUAUGAUGUUCUCCGCACUGAACUGAACUAUGUAGACAUACCCCAUAGUAACAGUGAAGAUGGGCGCCGUUUCAGGAACCAGAAGCGGUACAUGGCCAUCCCAAGCCCUUUAGUAGCAGUGGAGUGGUGGAGGAUCUGCCUUGAUGAAGCACAGAUGGUUGAAUGCACUACUGCAAAGGCUGCUGAAAUGGCAUUGCGUUUAAGUGGAAUCAAUCGCUGGUGUGUCAGUGGCACUCCUGUGCAGCGAGGACUGGAAGAUCUGUAUGGCUUAGUCCUUUUUCUUGGAGUUGAUCCUUACUGGGUCAAACAUUGGUGGGACCAACUCUUAUAUCAACCUUACUGUAGAAAAAAUCCUCGGCCUCUCUACAGCCUAAUUGCCAAGAUAAUGUGGAGAUCAGCAAAGAAGGAUGUGAUUGACCAAAUUCAGAUCCCCCCCCAGACCGAAAAUGUACACUGGCUUCACUUUUCUCCUGUGGAGAGACACUUCUAUCAUCGCCAGCAUGAGGUGUGCUGCCAGGAUGCCCUGGCAAAACUGAGGAAGAUUUCAGAUUGGACUCUUAAGCUUAGUAGCCUAGAUAGGAGGACUGUGACUUCUAUUCUGUACCCUUUGCUGCGGCUGAGGCAGGCCUGCUGUCAUCCACAAGCUGUUCGGGGAGAGUUCUUGCCAUUACAGAAAAGCACCAUGACCAUGGAGGAACUGCUAACUUCAUUGCAGAAGAAAUGUCGAACAGAGUGUGAGGAAGCUCACCGACAGCUGGUGUGUGCUCUUAAUGGCUUAGCGGGUAUCCAUAUCAUUAAAGGAGAAUACGCGUCGGCUGCAGAGCUGUACAGAGAAGUGUUGCGUUCUUCUGAAGAACACAAAGAAAAGCUCAAAACAGAUUCCUUACAAAGACUUCAUUCUACACACAAUUUGAUGGAAUUGUUGCUGGCAAAGCACCCAGGAAUUCCACCAACUUUGCGUGAUAGCCGACUUGCAGAAGAGGCAGAACAACUUCGACAGCAUUAUAUGAGUAAAUCCAAUGCAGAAGUUGCAGAAGCCCAUCAGGCCUUACAGCCAGUUCUCCAGACAAUUCGGGAGCUCCAGAGAAAGAUACAUUCUGGUUCUCCUUGGUGGUUGGAUGUCAUCCAGACAGCAAUACAAUAUGCCAUCGAUGAGGAGCUUGUUCAGCGUGUGCAAAAUGAGAUAACCAGCAACUACAAACAGCAAACUAAUAAACUGUCCAUGGCGGACAAAUUCCGUGACUGCAGGGGCCUUCAAUACCUGCUCACAACCCAACUGGAUGAAGUGAAGAAGUUCCAGAAGAUUGUAAGAGAAGCAGUGAAAAAUUUAGAAGGCCCUCCCUCUAAGCAGGUUAUUGAGGCUGCCACUAUCUGCCACUUGCGACCUGUUAGACUUCCACUUAACAACUGUGUCUUUUGUAAGGCAGAUGAGUUGUUCACAGAAUAUGAGUCAAAGCUCUUUUCUCACACUGUUAAAGGCCAAAUGGCUAUAUUUGAAGAGAUGAUAGAAGAUGAAGAAGGACUUGUUGAUGACCGUUUACCCACCACAAGUCGAGGACUGUGGGCAACCAGUGAAACGGAACGUGCCUUGAAAGCUAUUCUCUCCUUUGCCAAAGUGCACCGAAUGGAUGUUAAGCUAACUGAAGAAGGCAGCAUGUUUCUGGAACUCUUUGAAGCAUGGAAAAAAGAAUAUAAGUUACUUCAUGAAUAUUGGAUGGUACUGAGGGAUCAUGUGUCUGCUAUUGAUGAACUAGCAAUGGCUACAGAACGGCUGAGAGUGCGCCAUCCUGAUGAGCCAAAACCAAAUCCACCAGUUCUCCACAUUAUAGAACCACAUGAGGUAGAGCAAAAUCGAGUGAAACUUUUGAAUGAUAAGGCAGUUGCCAAAUCACAGCUUCAGAAGAAAUUAGGACAACUUCUGUAUCUCACUAAUUUGGAGAAGUCUCAGGAUAAAACUACUGGGGGAGUUAAUCCAGAACCAUGCCCAAUCUGUGCACGUCAACUGGGAAAACAGUGGGCAGUGCUGACAUGUGGACAUUGUUUCUGUAAUGAGUGUAUAGCUAUCAUCAUAGAACAGUACAGUGUUGGCACCCGCCGGAGCUCAAUUAAGUGUGCCAUUUGCAGGCAGACAACGUCUCAUAAAGAAAUAUCCUAUGUCUUUACUGCAGAAACUGCAAAUCAGGAGGAUGAUAUUCCUGUAAAGGGAAGUCACUCCACCAAAGUGGAAGCUGUAGUCCGAACACUGAAGAGAAUUCAAUUUAAAGACCCAGGGGCUAAAUCCUUAGUUUUUUCAACGGUAUUAAUCAUCAUUUUCUGUCUAAUUUUUUUUGUGUGUUCUGUGAGUUCGACUAUCGUAAUAUUUUCAUGGCAAGAUGUGUUGGACAUAAUUUCAAAAGCUUUGUAUGACAACAACAUGGUUUUUUCUCAGAUCAAUGGAAUUAGUAAAUUUCAGGAAAAUCUCUCCGCAUUUAAAUAUGAUCCCAAGAUCAAUAUUUUGCUGCUGCCCCUUCACACUGGUUCCAAUGGAUUAAACAUAAUUGAAGCGACUCACGUUCUGCUUGUGGAACCCAUUCUGAAUCCUGCACAUGAACUUCAGGCUAUUGGCAGAGUGCAUCGUAUUGGCCAAACAAAGUCUACCAUUGUUCAUAGGUUCCUAAUAAAAGCAACAAUAGAAGAGAGAAUGCAGACUAUGCUGAAAACUGUAGACAGAAGCCACACGAGCUCUUCCAUGAAACAGUCAGAAGCCUCAGUUCUGACAGUGGCAGAUUUGGCUGACCUUUUUACAGAGGAAACUGAAGAACUUGAGUGAAAACAUUGGUUUGACCUAGUGAAAUUAGAGGGUACCUGACCUAAUAAGCACCUGUAUUUAACACAUUUCAUCUGUCAUUCCUGUAAACAUCAUCUAACAUCUGUCCUUACUAGAGCUGCUGGAAAUUGGAAAGUCUUUCAAUUGCUACCAUUUUUUCUGUGGUGAAGUUCUUAGCCGCGCACAUUUCUGAUAGCACUGGAGAAAACUUGCACUUUGCACAUUACACAAAAAAUGGAUUUUAUUCCCAAAGAACAUUUGAGCUGGACUCUGAAACUAAGAUCUUGGACCCUUGAAGUUGGUGGGAUUUUUACCAUCAAGUUUGACUGGCUAGUAGUCCAGUCUGAGAGCAAAGCUAUGUGGGUGUGGGUGGGAAGGGAAGCAGAAAAACACAAAUCCAGGGGGUUUUUUUUACUGUACAAAGCAUUGUUCAGAAAGAACAACUGUAAAUUAGUAUUCUUCUAGAAAGGGCUUCUAGGAUUGUUAGCAUAUAAUGCUGAAUUACUGAACAUCUUAUUGGUAACACUUUAAAUGAUUAAUCUUUAAUAAUCACUUGGAUAUUUGUAUUAGGUAUUUAGUUAUUCAUAAAGACUUAUGUAACACAAUUAGAUGUAAUUGUUAAUGUUCACUUACUGCAAAAUGAUGAUAAAUUAAAUUACGCUUUUUGUAUGUGUAUUGGUCUUGAAAUAACAGUUAAACACUUGAACUUACUGUACAUGUUUUCAGUUAUUUUUGAAGCCAUAACUAAUUUAGUGCUUUGUUGGGGAUGGGAGUGGGGAUAGGGGAGACAGGGAGAAUGUGUUUGUUAUGGAAUUUUUUUUAAAAGUAUUUGGUUAGGCUGCUGAUCACUUUAUAGUCAUUUGGGGUUUGUGUACCUUUUCUCAUCCUGAUUUUUUUUGUCUACUUCCCCACCCCCAAAAAAUACAGUAAUCUAAAUAUUCAAACUAGAUCAGAUUAAGUUAGGCAGUCUAAAUAUUAAGUACCUAAUCUAAGUUAGAUAGUCAGUGGAGAGAGAGGAAGCUUUUGUGAAAUUUUCCAUCCUUAUAUACGUGAGAUACAUCACUUUGCUGCUUCUCUGUCUCUUGACUGUAGAGAGAGUGUCUAGAAAAUAAACUUAGCCUAGCUUUUUGACUGCUGAAGAUAGGCAAGAUGGAUUUUCAGCUUUUUGGCAUAGGUAAUGGAUGGACCUUUGCUUACUGUCAUUUCUGAUGGUAUUAUGGAAGCAAGCUCAGUUACUUAGUUGAGGUUAAACAAUUUUGUGUUUAGAGACUGGGCAAAGGUGUACAUAAAUAAGAGAUUACAGCAUUUACUGUUCCAGCAGAGAAUGUUUUUUCUUGUAUUUUAGAAAUUUCACUUGGAAUGGAGAUUAACUAAAAUGGGCCCUUUAAGAAAUUUCAUAGUAUUAGAAUUUUUACUCUUGUAAAGUUUGCUAUAUAGACUUGCUAUGUAGUUCUUGAGCUUGCUUUCUGUUUUCAAGCAUGCUACAUUUGAUUUGCAUCAUACAGCUGUUAGUGUUAAGUCUAUCUGCAUGGCAGACAGGUUUUUUUUCUGCUGCUAAUAACAAUAUGAGUAUAAUUUACAUGAAUAAUGUAUCAAAAAGCAAAGUCCAUUUGGCGUUUAUAUUCUUUUGGCCUUCUGGACCAAUUAGAUACUUUGUUCUAAAGCCUAUUGGAGUAAGUUUCCUGAAAUGCAUCUUUAUUUCCUGUUCUUGUCAAAUGUGUUAAUUUUAUUUAUAUAUUUUGCUUUGGGGAUGACUGAUUUUUUUGCAGAUUAUGGUUUGCAAUAAGGGAAAUUGAGUAGGUGCUAGAAAUAUUUUUUCACAAUGAGAGUGAUCACAUAGUUUGCACAGAGAGACUGAAUCUCCAUCCUUAAAUGUAUUUGGAACUCCAUUGGAUAUGACUAAGCAACCUGAUCUAGCUUUGAAGUUGGCCCUACUAUGAGCAGUUUGUUCGACCAGAUGACUUCCAUGGAUCCCUUCCAGCCUAAAUUAUUCUAUAGUGAUACUGGAGAUUGUGCUGUACAGUCACUCCAGGAACUUUGAGGGCAGCAAUCUUCCAGAUUUUUCGUCAUCAGCAAAGAAUUUUAAUGUUUUACAAUGUAAUGUAACUGAACAAGGAUCUGCUGUUCAUUAUGAGAAAUUACAUAUCUCUGUGGAAAGAGUUUUGGAAGCAGCUAGUGUUUCCAUUCAUAGCUCCCAUUUUAAAAAAUUGGAUGUGGGAAUAAUAGUUGUCAGUGAAUGUAAAGACAGAGAAGCAAACUGAAAAAUAUUUGCUCUGAGAGAUUUCCCAAGAUCUGCAAGUUUUUAGUUUGUUUAUAUAAAAAUGGAGGUUUCAUUGUAUAUUUACAAAAAUGCAGCUUUAGGAUACUUUAUUUUUCUUUUCUUUUCUUUUCUUUCUUUCUUUCUUUUUUUUUUAACUGGAGGACCAAGACCUAGUGCUCUGGAAUUAGUUUUGACUGAUACAGAAACGUUGAAAUAUGUACACAAGUUAUGUUAAAAGUACUUGAAAUUGGAAAGUCAAACCAUUGGAAUGUAUAGCCUGUGUCAGUAAUAAAAUAGAUUCUUUAGAUUUCA